AUGGCACCUCAAAGAGAUUUCAUUCUCUUUGACGAUCCCGCUCCGUCGACAGCAAGCCGCGACAAUGCCUUGUCACCACCAUCUUCCCACAGCAAAGAACUUCUUGGCAUCGGCUCCUUUAGCAAGCAUCGCUCGCCCAGACAAUCCCCAGCUCUAGACGAUGUAGCAACUCCAUUACCAGAUACACUCGAUCAAGUCGGCGGUCCUAGACGCAAACGACACAGAAGUCAAGCCUAUCCUCCCUUGGCGCCACUCCCACGGUCCAGCUGCCAAGGUACCAGCGACUCUUCCGCUCAAGCAUCCAACCAGCGUCUCACACCUCCUCAUCCGCCCAGCGGCAGUCUUGGUCCACCGAUGCAUGAUCUUAGCCUAGCUGAUUCUACGCCAGCUUGCAAGUAUCAUCCCAAUCCUCCUCCACCUGCCCUCACCUCGCUUGCUUCGGCUGGCAUGACUCUCGAGCAACAAGAACGAGUCAAGGCACAGAUCCGUGCAGAGCUUGCUGGUGUCGACACUCGUGCUUUCAAAGGUCCAUUGCGAGACAUUCUCCAGAAACAGCACUACACCCCUCGUCCAACUGACAUGCAGACAAGCCCGCUCUCAGCAUCAUCUGAUCCUAUGCAAGCAGGUGUCGCACCUUCUUUCGCCCUCUUUCCUGACUAUGAUCUCGGUGAUCAGUCUCAGCGUCGGUCAAGUCAGAUACCCAGCAAGGAGCCAGAGCAAGAGCGCACCCCUGAUCAAGAGAUGCCACCUCUUCACCAUCGCAGCAGCGCCGACUUGCGCACACGCAGCAGUACCUUUGACAACGGCUUUGCCGCCAACUCUUACCCACCUGCCCGUCACUCGCAGAACUAUUUGCCGGACUGGGCUCGUCAGUCGCAAUCCACCCAGGGCUCUCAGAUCGCCUACUCGCAUCACCACCACCAGCAGCAACAGCAGUCGCAACAGCAGUCCCCGCAAUCGCAACACUCUCAGCAACAACGACCCAGCAUGCCUCCACCCGCCAUGUCGCAGAGUCAACUUGCUCAACGAGGAGGUCCCGUAUCCAUGGCUUCGACAGAGACUUACGGUGCUCCUGUCAGCAGCUAUCCGCCAGAUAGGCGGCGCCCUUUGAAGCGAGAGUCGAGCGGCCUCACUGUCAGUCCACAAGAGGCAUUCUUGGAUUAUGAUGAUGUCGAGAAUGCCUUGUCGCAUUCCGGCCUUGGCAAGAUGCCUAGCCUGUUUGCAAGUGUACCGCCUGGCUUGUCGGAUGCAAAAGAUGGUUCAGCAAGCUAUUCGGCAGGGCAUACCGGCACUAAUACCCCUCGAAUGGGAUCACAGCAGAAUGUGACGCCAGCACGAUCCUCGACCGGUGACGCCGCCGCUGCCUAUGCUGCUCGACCUGUCCCCAUGAGCCGCAACGAUACAGCACGACCGCAUCACUACCAGCAGAAACGACCAGGCCCCAGUGUUCACCAAAGUCCUCCCAAUGGUCGCUCGCCGUAUCCGAACCAUAGCGAUGGACGUGGAUCCGUUAGCCAAGAGUCGGGCUCCCAAAGCAGUCUCUUCAGCCCCGCUGACAGUGGUGAUACAAUCUCGACCGACGACGACGAGGACGAGAGGCCUUACUACCCUCCUAACAUGAAGCCAAGCAUGAUCCGAGGCGGACCAAGCAGUCUCUACUUGAACUAUCCCGUCAAGGCAGAUGGCAGUCGUGCCUCUGCUUCUCCUGCGAUCCCACCUCGACCUCAGUUGGGUAAGGAGCGCACUUCAAGCACUGGAAGCAGUACAUGGUCGCAUGUCCGCAAUGAGCCAUGGGCAUUCCGACAGACACACACGAACCAGCCUCGCUUCUCGGACGUAUCUGCUUCGAGCAGUGAUUCGGAGGAUGAUCGUUCUGGCAGGAGGAGUGCUUAUAGUCAAAGUGCCGAAUACCAAGCACGACAUGGUCAUCCACACGCUUCCCAUCCUCAUCCUCAUCACAGUCAGCAUCACCGACACAAUGAUCAUCACCACCAGCACCCGCAUCAGCAGCAGCCCUACGGUCAGCCCAACGGCGGUUACCCUCAUUCUCGCUAUUCUUCGCAGCUGGACCCACGAUCGGCUCAGACCCAAAGGCCAAGUCUAGGUCAGCAUCAGUCCUCGUCUGAGUCGGUAGAUGACACUAGCGAUCGCAGCAGUAGACCUUAUGUGCCCCUGUCAAGGCAACACAUGCCUGGUGCGAUGGGUGGAUACGGAUACAUCCCAGGCAGUCAGGAGAGUGGCCUGAGUGUUGCUCCGCCCGGCGGUGGAGUUGGUGGUAUGGGUGGCAGUCAAGAUGAAGGAAGCAUCUCGCCUAGCAUCAGGUCGAGUGCUCAGACCAGCGAACGCAAGUUACAACAAGAGGUCGGAGCACCACCGCCUUUGCUUGCCGCCACUCGACAACCUGCACCCAUCCGACCCGCCGCUCCGAUCACACCUGCUACACCAGACUUGCCCAUUAAGGAGGACCGAGUCGAAGCCAGAGGAGAAGAAGAACCAUCCGAAACAGGCAACUCUGGUUCAGCAAACAGCAACGAAUCUGACUACGAAGACAACUCGCCUGACUCCACCACCAAGAAAACUGCUCCUCCCAAAACUAAAUCCACCAAACCCAGCGUACAGAAAGCUGCAGCUGCACCAGCCGCCGCCGAUGGAACCACAAAGUGCGACUACGUCAGCCCUGUCACUGGUGUCGCUUGUCAAACUGCUUUCCAUCGACCGUACGAUCUUGCUAGACAUAGGGAAACAAUUCAUGCGAGAGAGGAGGCAGGCUUUAUGAGAGAAGGGAAGUUGAAGUUGGAAGAUUGUAUAGUGUUGGGUAAAGAGGUUGAUCCGAAGAAAAGUACAGCUGUUGUCGAGUGGAAGUGUAAGUCUUGUGGUGCUAAUUUCUCCAGGAAGGACGCUAUGUUGAGACACGAGAGGUUGAGGCAUAAUGGUGCCAAGUAA